CAACACCUUAGAUAAGGACACUUCACUUCCGCUUUUAUUUUGAAAGAUAGAUAAACCGUUUCCGGGUAAGGGGCGUGAACCACAACACCAGCUCCGGUCCUUCCGCAUGUUCACUGUUGUUUUCUAUUUUCCAGUAGUUAAUUAAACAAGCACGACCUAAAGCCCUCCAGUUUUCUCAGGUGUGCAGAAGAUGAUGGAGGAGACUGAGGAGCUCAGUGGGAGGACGAGAAGCGACGAGGCCGAGAGCUUCAGGCUGCACAUGGUGACGUGGAACGUGGCCACAGUGGAUCCUCCGGAUGACGUGACGCUGCUGCUCCAUCUGAACUCCCCGAAGAGGCCAGACCUCUACGUCAUCGGGUUGCAGGAGGUUUUCUCGGGGCCGCUGAGGUUCGUGUCGGACAGCGUGUUCGACGACUCGUGGAGCAAACUGCUCGUGGACACGUUGGCACCGCGGAGAUACGUGAAGGUGUCGUCCAUCCGGAUGCAGGGUCUGCUGCUGCUGUGCUUCUGCAAGCUGAAGCACCUCCCCUUCAUCAGGGACAUCCAGGCCAGAUACACGCGCACCGGCAUCCUCGGAUACUGGGGCAACAAGGGCGGCGUGUCCGUCCGCCUGUCUUUCUACGGCCACAUGCUGUGUUUCCUGAACUGCCACCUGGCCGCGCACAUGGACUACGCCACGCAGCGAGUGGACGAGUUCGAGCACAUCCUGGACGCGCAGGCCUUCAGCGGCCCGACGGCGCCGAGGAUCGUGGACCACCGGUUGGUGUUCUGGUUCGGGGAUCUCAACUUCCGGAUCCAGGACCACGGGAUGCACUUUGUCCGCUCCUGCAUCGACGAACGGACCUACGACCUCCUGUGGAGCAAAGACCAGCUGACGAUGAUGAGGGAGAAGGAACCGGUCCUGCAGGAGUUCGAGGAAGGGCCUCUGGACUUCCCGCCCACGUACAAGUUUGACCUCAACACCGACACUUACGACAGCAGGCUCUACAGGACCUGGUUUGGCUUUAUCGGUAAGAAGCGUAAACCCGCCUGGACCGACAGGAUCCUGUGGAGGCUCCGGCGCAAGGCCCCCGACGGGCCCCCCCAGGAAGAGGAGGACGAGGGGGAAGAGGAAGAGUACCCGCUGAGGGUCAGGCAGGAGUUGUACACCAGCAACAUGGAGUACAGCGUCAGUGACCACAAGCCCGUCGUCGGCGUCUUCACACUGGAGCUGAGGAAGAAGUGCGCCGCUCCUCUGGUGCGUCUGCAGCCGGACGGCGACUGGAGCGCCGACAUGGACGCCAUGGUCCUCUACAGCCCGCUGCAGGCGUUCCCCUCCAGCGCCUGGGACUGGAUCGGGCUCUACAAGGUCGGGUUCGCCAGCGUGUCCGACUACAUCACCUACACGUGGGUCAAAGACGACGAAGUGGCCUCCAGUGAAGAAGUCGUGCAGGUGUACGUGGGUAAAGAGGAAAUCCCCGUGCGGGGAGGCGAGUGCGUGCUGUGCUACUACAGCGACAGUCUGCAGUGCAUCGUGGGAGUCAGCGACGCGUUCAAGGUCCAGGGGUCAAAGGUGGCCGGUGAGGAAGGUUUGAUGUCGGAGCAGAUCGACGCGCUCGACAGAACCGCGUCGAGAGAAGAAGACCUCCGGAGCUGAGGUUUUUUAUUCUGGAUCGUCUGAACCACGACGGGGCGUUUGGUUACUGGGUUCUUCUUGCUGUUCCACUUUUAUAGAGAGUCUAAAGGCAUCACGGAAACUGUGAGUUUCAUUAAAAAUCAGGCGAAGACAACAUGGGGCCCCAAGACAGUUUAUUUACUCUCUAAAAUAUAUAUUUCUUAUAUAUAUAUAUAUUGUUUUAAAAAAUGUCCUAAAGCUGCAUUCUCUCUACUGACCACCAGGGGGCGACGGCCACAAUUCUAAGAAAGAAAAAAAAAGGGAAUUGUAAUUUGAACAAAUCUCUUGGGUCGUUUUUUUUAUUUUUAUUUUUUUUAUUUUUCGUUUCCACGUCAAUUCGUUGACAUUUUGCAGCAAAAUGAGCAAUUCGUGACUAAUUUGCACGUUAAAGACAAUUUGAUGCUGAAACAGACGCGUAAAUAUUGGUAGUUAACAUCUAUGUUCACUUCAGUCUCAUUUAAAGGGCCAGUGUGCAGCUUUAUUUAUUUUUUUUGGGGGGGGGGGGGGGAGAUUUGUUUUCAAUAGCGUUGUUAUGGGAUGGCGUUACCGCGGUGUGAUCUAAGUGAUUAGUUGGUUGCAAUCUGCAGCCUCGCCACCAGGUGUCACCAAAACCCGACACGCUGUCCCCCUUUUUUUGAAAGCUUUAAAAUAAAAAAUCAGUGGGCCGAAAAAUGUAAUUUCUUCAUUAUGCAGUUUUUGGAGAAAUGUUCCGGCUGUUUCUUCUUUCAGUUUUAGUCGUUCCGUAGAACUUUGUGUGCUCGGUGGUCCUGCAGUAUGAGUUAAUGACUAGAAUGAACCCUUUAAGGUGGAAAUAAAGAGAUUUAAGUAUUAAGAAAAGAAGCUGACGGUUUCUUUUUUUUAGAAAGUAUUAAAAAGUAAUUUUCUAUUUGGAAGUAUUCAGGUGAAUACUCGUCCUGCAGGACUGAUAUUAGCCUCUUCUUCUUCUGUUGUUUUAGAAAUAUUACCUGCUUCUUGUUGUGGGCUCGAGGAAGAUAAGACACGACUUCCCCUCUCGGUAUUUUAAUGAACUCCACUUUGUUCCUGGAGGACUUGACACUGUUUAUAUAAAACUAUUUAAUAUAACUUGUACAUCUUUUUUAGCUGGGGUUUGUUUUCAGCUUGCAGUUGUUAAACAACAACAACACCACAAAUCCAUUCCCUUAAAGAGAUGUUUACUCUUUAUUGUUGAUUUAAAGGUGGUCACUUUGUUGUUGUUGUGUACUGAUGAAAACAACAUGGAUUCAAAGUGCCUUUGAAAUGAUCGUAGCUUUUAGUGUUCGCUACGAUUUCAUUAUUCAUCAGAUUAUUUAUGUUAACUUUCAGUCGAAUGUUAUUGUUAUUGGCUCGCUGGAAUGAAUUUAUUAGCCAAUUUGUGUGUUUUUUUUCUCUCCAUUUUAUA